ACGAGCCCUAAAGCUAUUAUUUUGAACCUAGGGGACCAUUUAGUUUUCUAAAUUGUAUUUCAGCUCUCUCCUUAUCUCCCAAUUUUCCAGGCGGAACUGUGUCAAUGCAAAUACUGGACAAAAUAAAGAUGCAAAGAAAAGAAUCAGAUGAACGGCCGCCUGAGCUACCAAUUUCUUGGGUUGAAAUAUCCAAUUCAAUUUCUCGUCAAUACCAAUUUCAGCCUGAUGGUAAGCUAUCGGUCAAGAUGGUUGAUGACUCAAGACCAGCUGCACAGAGAGUGAUGGAAUCCUUUCUGAAUAAAUUUUUCCCAUCUGGCUAUCCAUAUAGUGUGAAUGAGGGGUAUAUGAGAUACACACAAUUUCGAGCUCUACAACACUUUACAAGUGCAUCAUUAUCGGUUUUGUCGACUCAGUCACUACUAUUUGCUGCAGGCUUGCGUCCUACCCCUGCUCAGGCAACUGCAGUGAGCUGGAUAUUGAGAGAUGGUAUGCAGCAUGUCGGAAAGCUCAUAUGUAGCAACUUAGGUGCAAGGAUGGAUUCUGAGCCUAAACGUUGGAGAAUUUUAGCUGAUGUUCUGUAUGACUUUGGGACUGGUUUAGAAGUUAUGUCUCCUUUAUGCCCGCAUUUAUUUCUUGAAGUUGCUGGCCUUGGCAAUUUUGCAAAGGGAAUGGCAGUUGUUGCAGCUAGAGCAACACGAUUGCCUAUAUAUUCUUCAUUUGCCAAAGAAGGCAAUCUUAGUGAUCUGUUUGCUAAAGGUGAGGCUAUUUCCACUCUUUUUAAUGUUCUCGGGCUUGGAGCAGGAAUUCACUUAGCAUCCACUAUUUGUUCAUCAAUGCAGGGAAAGUUGGUUGUUGCACCGUUCCUGUCUGUUAUACACAUUUACAGUGUCUGUGAAGAAAUGCGAGCUGCUCCUGUGAACACAUUAAAUCCUCAGAGAACUGCAAUGAUCGUGGCUGAUUUUGUGAAGACUGGAAGAAUCUCAAGUCCUGCUGACUUAAGAUAUCGAGAAGAUCUCUUGUUUCCCGGAAGGUUGAUAGAGGAUGCUGGAAAGGUUAAGGUGGGAAGGUCCCUGCAUGAAGUAGUUAGGCCUUCAAAGCUGAAAAAAUUUAAAGAAGCAUUUCCAGAAGAGAAAUUCCUUUUGAAUCAUGGAAGUAGAUGGACUGAUAUGAUACUGGAGCACAAUGCAACCGGUGAAGAUGCAUUGAGGGGUUGGCUGGUUGCUGCUUAUGCUUCGGAUAUGGAACGAUUGGUUCAUGAACCAAGUGCAAAUAUCUUGCAAGAGGCUUAUGAUAAAAUGAAUUUCACAUUCUCUCCAUUUUUAGCUGAGUUGCAAGCAAAAGGGUGGCAUACAGAUCGAUUUCUUGAUGGUACUGGAAAUCGCUUUGCGUUUUAGGUUUGUAGGAUCUCAAAUUCUUUGUACUUUGUUACGCUUUCCUAGUUAUUAGAAUACAUGUAGUAGUGGGACAAAAACCUUUCAUCCUCAAACGGUGGAAUUUGAGAAUAGCAACUGCAUUUACUGCGCCACCAAUAUAUGUUACUUCAUUUUGUUUCA